AUGGAGGCAUUGUGCAAGGUUCUGCUGCUGUUGAUGCUGUUGGCCAGUAUACCUGGGCGAUUCUGUGAAACAGAUUCUCAAGAUGUGGCUGCGCUCCUGUCUUUCGUCAGCGGAUGGCAGAACUUCCCACCAAGCUGGAAAGCAUCAAAUGAUCCAUGUGGUACAGAUUGGGAUGGGGUUCUGUGCGACAAAGGGCGGGUGACAUCACUGAGGCUCUCAGGCAUUAAUAUUCAAGGCACAUUAAGCGAUAGCAUAGACCAACUCAGUGAGCUUGUUUACCUGGACCUGUCCUUCAACGCUGGUCUUGGUGGCCCACUGCCUGCUGCAAUUGGGAAUCUCAGGCAGCUUACAACACUAAUCUUAUCCGGCUGUAGCUUCACAGGAGGCAUCCAACACUUAGGAAACUUGAUGCAGCUCUCCUUCCUGGCGCUGAACUCAAACAGCUUUACAGGGGAAAUUCCUGCAUCGAUUGGCCUACUCAGAAACCUCCAUAUGCUAGAUUUGGCAGAUAACCAGUUUUCAGGACCGAUUCCAGUUUCCUCUAGUGGUUCUCCAGGACUUGACCUACUUACACAAGCGAAACAUUUCCAUUUCAAUAAGAAUCAGCUAAAUGGUAAUCUAAUUGGCCUCUUCAACUCUAGCAUGAGCCUCGAACACAUAUUAUUUGACAACAAUCAAUUAUCUGGUCAUAUCCCUGCUGAGCUUGGUGACAUCACAACCCUUGAAAUCAUCCGAUUAGAUAAGAACAACUUCACAGGAGAAGUUCCAAGCAACAUCAGUAACCUAGUCAACCUAAAUGUCCUGAAUUUAGCAAACAACCAGCUGAGUGGAACAAUGCCAGAUCUCAGUAGCCUGAACACACUAAAUGUGGUGGAUUUAAGCAACAAUUUGUUCGAUCCAUCAGAAGCACCAGACUGGUUCUUGACUUUAACAUCUCUUGUUUCAGUAGCAAUAGAUAACGGAGGACUCUCCGGCAAGGUUCCCAAAGAGCUCUUCACCUUGCCCCAACUGCAGCAAGUUAUACUAAGAAAUAGCGCGCUGAAUGGAAGCUUUGAGAUGACUGGGAACAUCACCCAACAAUUGAAGAUCGUGAAUCUCCUUAACAAUCGUAUAGUUGAUGCCAAUAUAACACAAAGCUACAACCAGACCCUAGUACUUGUGGGAAAUCCUGUGUGCUUGGAUUCAGAAUUCUCGGACAAAUUCUUUUGCAGCCUUCAGCAAGCGAACCUGCUACUAGAAACUAGCCUCUGGAAACAGCUGGCACCACGCCCUGGUGCAGUUUCCCUUUCUAAUGUCCGUUUCAGCAGUGAGGACUAUCUCCAAGUUAAAGUGAGCCUCUUUCCAGCGACUGGGACAUCGUUCAAUCUGUCAGAUGUAAUAAGCAUUGGCUCUGAAAUUAGUAGCCAAACUUACAAGGCACCACCCAUUUUCGGACCUUAUUACUUCAUGGCAGAUCCAUAUGCCCCAUUCGCAGAUGGUGGUGGCAAUGGAAAAUCUCAAAUGAGCAAAGGCGCUGUGGCUGGAACUGCAGUAGCCUGUGCUUCAUGGGGAGGUGCACAAAAAGAUAGUGGAGGUGCUCCACAGCUCAAAGGAGCAAGGUUCUUUUCUUUUGAUGAACUGAAGAACUGUACCAAAAAUUUCUCAGAAGAUCAUGAAAUAGGAUCAGGAGGCUAUGGAAAGGUUUACAAGGGAACGAUUGCAGAUGGAACAAGUGUUGCGAUAAAACGAGCAGAGUAUGGAUCAAAGCAAGGUGCGGUGGAGUUCAAGACUGAGAUUGAGCUGCUGUCCAGAGUUCAUCACAGGAACCUGGUAAGCCUGAUAGGAUUUUGCUAUGAACAAGGGGAGCAGAUGCUGGUGUACGAAUAUGUUUCCAAUGGUACACUGCGAGAGAACUUGCAAGGUAUUAAGGGAAUCUACCUGGACUGGAAAAAGAGGCUCAGGAUUGCUCUUGGCUCAGCCAGAGGACUAGCGUAUCUUCACGAACUCGCCGAUCCACCCAUUAUCCACAGAGACGUCAAGUCGACAAAUAUCCUUUUGGACGACAAUCUUAAAGCAAAGGUUGCUGAUUUUGGUCUAUCAAAGCUAGUUGCAGACACCGAAAAGGGCCACGUUUCUACUCAAGUCAAAGGAACACUUGGCUAUCUGGACCCCGAGUACUACAUGACGCAGCAGCUCUCGGAGAAGAGCGACGUGUACAGCUUCGGCGUGGUCAUGCUCGAGCUACUGAGCGCCAGGCUGCCCAUAUCAAAGGGCACAUACAUCGUCCGGGAGUUCAGGGUGGCCAUAGAUCCCAACGACCACGACUACUACGGGUUGCAGGGCACGAUCGACCCGGCUAUCCACGACGCGGCCAAGUCCGCCGGGUUCAGGAGGUUCGUGCAGCUCGCCAUGGAGUGCGUGGAGGAGUCGGCUUCAAGACGGCCCACGAUGGGCUCGGUGGUGAAGGAAAUCGAGACGAUGAUCCACAACGAGGGGCUGAGUUCAUCUGCCUCGUCUGUCACAGAGUUCGAGCACACAGGGGCAGGGCAAGCCUCCGCAGUGCCAUACAGCAACAGCAGCAGCAGUGGCAGCGGCGGCAUAUCAGAACAACUCGCUCACCGUGGAAGGCGGCAAUAA